AUGGUGAACUCGUUGCUGUUCGGAGAGAUGGCUUUGGCCUUCGGCUGUCCGCCGGGCGGCGGCGGCGGCGGGGGCUGCCCCGGUGGGGGCGGCGGCGGCGGCGGGGCCGGGCCAGGGCCAUCGCCAGUGACGGCGGCGCUGCGAGACGACCUGGGCUCCAACAUCCACCUCUUGAAGGGGCUCAACGUGCGCUUCCGCUGUUUCCUGGCUAAGGUGCACGAGCUGGAGCGGCGCAACCGGCUGCUAGAGAAGCAGCUGGAGCAACAGCAGAGCGAGCGCGAGCGGCGGCUGCGCUACAGGACAUUCACCCGCGAGCAGGCCGUGCAGACCGGGCCUGAUCUGCUACGGUCACCCGCGCCGGGCAGUGGGCAUAGCAUCGGCAGCGGCGCGGCGGCCGGCACCAACGCCAACGCCGUGGCCCUUGGAGGCCUGCCCCCCGGCGGCGGCUCUCACCCGCAGCUCUACGGCCGCCUGCCUGGGACCAUCUGGAGCUACACGCAGGUGCGGCGCACGGGCGGCGGCGGCGUGGAGACCGUGCAGGGCCCCGGCGUGUCGUGGGUGCACCCCGACGGCGUGGGCGUGCAGAUCGACACCAUCACGCCCGAGAUCCGCGCGCUCUACAACGUGCUGGCCAAGGUGAAGCGCGAGCGCGACGAGUACAAGCGGAGAUGGGAGGAGGAGCUUGCCAAGAGCAUGAACCUGCAGACCAUGGUGGACACGCUGAAGGAGGCAGCGCAGGAGGCAGAAGCCAUCCAGGAGGAGAUGAACGAGACGAUCGAGAGGCUGAAGGCCGAGCUGGUGGUGUUUAAGGGGCUCAUGAGUGAUCCCAUGACAGACCUGGACACAAAGAUCCAAGAAAAGGCCAUGAAAGUGGACAUGGACAUCUGCCGCCGAAUCGAUAUCACGGCCAAGCUGUGCGAUGUCGCACAGCAGCGGAACUCGGAAGACGUGUCCAAGAUCUUCCAGGUGGUCCCCAAAAAGAAGGAGCGUAAGGUGACUUCGGACGAGGACAUCUCUGAGCAGGACGGGGAGGUGAACCGGUUCCCAGAUGAGGAGGUCGGCUCUAUGAACAUCACAGAUGAGAUGAAACGCAUGUUUAACCAGCUGCGGGAGACCUUUGACUUCGAUGAUGACUGCGACAGCCUGACGUGGGAAGAGAAUGAGGACACACUGCUACUCUGGGAGGACUUCACCAACUGCAACCCGACCAUCGACCUGCAGGGCGAGCAAGAGGAAAACUUGGGCAACUUGAUCCAUGAGACGGAAUCUUUCUUCAAGACGAGAGACAAGGAGUACCAGGAAACGAUAGGCCAAAUUGAGCUGGAGCUGGCCACAGCCAAGAGCGACAUGAACCGACACCUGCACGAGUACAUGGAGAUGUGCAGCAUGAAGCGGGGCCUGGACGUGCAGAUGGAGACCUGCCGCCGACUCAUCAAAGGCACCGCAGACAGGAAUUCACCGUCCCCCAGCUCCGUGGCCAGCAGCGACUCAGGAAGUACAGACGAGAUCCAGGACGAGUUUGAGCGGGAGGCAGAUGUGGAGCCCAUGGUCAGCUGAUGACUGAGCGCCCCCUCCCCGUGCCUGGUGUCCUGGAAGGCUCCUCGGAGUGGGGCUCCAGCCCUCACCACACAGACUUCCUCUGCCCUCCCUUCUCUGGAGGCCCCAAGGGACCGCUGCUUCCUUCCUCCCUUCCCCCCACCAUCAACCAGUGCCCCUGUCCAUCCACCCACCCAAGGAAUGGUGCUCUCAAUUUCUAUUCUCCAUGUUACAAAUGCAGUCUUCUGUCCAGAUGAUGCAGUGUUAACCGUGCCUUUUCCCUUAAGCUGAGCCACUUUGAGCUCCAAAGAAUUAUUCCUAGCAGGUGUUUUUAUACAAAACUCGAAUGUGAGGGUGGGGCCCUGGUGUGGUAUAGUGUGGUUUUCUACCCUCCCACCUGCUCCUCUGAUUGGCUGUGACCUAUGCCCUCCUCUCCUCUGCUGGUCAGCGCUCAGCGAGUUGGGCCUGGGGUGGUCCACCUCCGCCCAGGACAGAGCUGUUUUCCAGAGUCCCCUGGGUGCGGACUUCCCAAGGGUUUUUCCACUUAUCAAAAGGGGAAAAGAUGGAAGGAGGGAGGGAAGAAAAAUUUUUAUUUUUUUUUUGGAUCGAGUGGCAAAGCGGAGGGACAAGGCACUGCGGGGGGAGGUGGAGCCUCACUGUGUUUAAACUACUAUGCAAAAAACAAAACAAAACAAAACAAAACAAAACAAAAAAAAGCAGCUUGCCUUAUAUAUUGUGGAAGGUCCUCUCCCAGUCUCACGAUUUUCCCAUGGAGCUGGGAGGGAGGCCAAAGCUCGGGCGAUGUCUCUCGCAGCCUCCAAGGGGGUUCGGUCAAGCUCAGUGAGGAGGCCUGGGUCCUGCGAGGCCUUCGGCCACCUGUUUGCUUCCUUGGGACCUAGUGGGUUUGGGGGGUCUUUUCUUGCCCUGAUGACUUGACAUUUCCCCCUCUACUUCCAGCCAACUGUACGGGGUUAGAGAUCUAUGAUUUCUCUGUGAGAAAGUCUGAAGGGAGCCAGGCCUGCUAUCACCCUCCCACAGUGGGGCUGGGCCAGGCCACCUGCCGCCACCUUGGUUCUCCACCGUGUCCCAGUUGCCCGUUGUUUGGCCGCUGGCCUGCACAGGAAAGCAAAGAGCAGGGAGGCAAUGAGGGCUGCUGGCGGAUUUCAGGUGGCGGGAGUCAGCGCCCAAGUUGGACUGACCAACUUGGCCAACAAGUCAUCCUUGUUGGACGUAGGCGAACUUCUUGCCAUGCGUCACUUGACUGACCAGUUGGGGAGUUAAUUGAGCCAGUAUCUCCCUGAGACUUGAGUGGACCUGUGUUGAAGAGCGCUUUGUUGAGCCCCGCCCCCCCCUCCAAAUUUCAGCUUGGAACCAGCGGACCAGGUUUUGCUUUUUUUUUUAAAUUUCUUUUGUACCCACUCCUAAGGGUAUGAUGGCCAAGUUUUGCUUUUGUUGGCCCGGCAGCUCCCCCUGGAGGUCAAAGGAGCACACUGUGCCCCAGGACCAGAACUUCCCACCCAGUGCUUCUGUCCAGAGGCAGAGGAGGGGUUCUGGCUUUGAGUAGCUUGCGGCGCCCAGUCUUUCCUCCCCAGGGUACCAGCCACCUUUAAGGGCCUUCUUUCUCUUCUGUUUCCUGCACCUGUUUUGCAGUCUUAAAACCAUUGUACAUAAUAUUCACAUAAUAUAUAUAUAUAUGUAGAGAGAGAGAAAGAGUGUGUUAAAUGACAGUGUGUUAUUUUUAUUUAUCAGAACUUGGCGGCCUUUAUCUUUUUUUCCCAAUUUUUCCUUUUUGUUGUUGCUGGGGGAACCUCGGACUGUUGCCUGCGACAGUGUGGCCGAGAGGCUUUUGUGCCCAGCAUCUCUUAUUCGCUGCACACGCAGUCCCUUGGUACGUACGGGAAGGGCCAAUGGUUUUGGAGGAGACAGCCCCUUCCCCUCCUCCUUACCAGCCCUUGUUCUAAAGGUUACAGGGUUCAGACAUACCUGAUUAGUAUUGCCGUUAUUGUUACUCUUUUAGUUUAGCUUUAUUUUAACCAAAGGUUAUCAGAGCCAGUUGGGCUUGGACCUCAGCUGCUAAAAAGAUUUUCCGUUUCCGAGGGGCGGGGGGUGCAGUGGCUGCCCCUGUGGCCUCCGCUGUCCAGGGCUGAGCGAGGCCUCGAAGGCUGUGGUCAGCAGGCACCGUGGAAGCCAGCCCUGGGCUGUCCCUCGAGGUGGCGGGAGGGUGACAGACUAUCUUUAGCAUUAAGACAGUAAGGCAACUGUAUUUUGAGGGUAACUAAGGUCACUGUGGUGACUGGUGCCCAGUGGUAUUAUUUUUGCUUUCCCCUUUGUAGACAUUGGGGAUAGGGGACUCUGAAUUUGUGCAAGGAGUAUGGAAAUGGCAGGAGCCAGAGACAGACACUGGCUGAGAAGUUUCUUCCUGCUGGUUUUCAAGAGCUACUUUCUCCUGGGGAGCAAGGAUUUGGGGCAGGUGGGUGGGGGGAGGGGGAACAGCAAAGGUGUGGCUGGCCUGUUUCCUGGGCAGGGCCCUGGCUCUCGGCCUGGCCCUCUCCCCGACUACCAUGUUCUUUUUUGAGUUAGUCGCCAGUGGGCCCUGCUUGUCCCCUUGCCGUGAGCCCAUGGCUUGCCAAGAAAGACCCCAAUGCUCUCUGAGGCAGCACCAGGUCCCGAUGGGACACACUGGUCCGUCCUUUGUAAAGCUGUAAAUACUUAAUUUUGGUUUUCUAUUUCUCAACCCAGUGUCAUAUUGACAUUGGUAUUUUAGAUUGUUCUCAGAUAGGCUCUCCUGUGCUGCCCUCUCUCACUCUCCUAUUUUUAGGGGUUUUAUAAAAAGAGAGGAUCGGGGAGGGGCAGGGAGAGUAAUUCAUUUAGGUUCCCUGGUUGUGAAAUGCACACAUGUACACACACACACACAUACACUCCUCGUGAACACAUUUUGUUUUCGUGUGGCAAUAUGUCUUGAGGACUCUGAAGGGCAAGUCCAUCUUGGACUGAGCUCUGUUGAUGCAGCUCAGAUGAUUUAGGGAGAAUCAAACCACUUUGGCUUGGGACGAGGGAGAGGGUUUGGGGUGGGGGAUAACUUAAGCUAAAUGUAAUCUAUUUAUAAAGCAAGAUACUCUUAUCUAUUUUUAUGAAAGGAAGGGUUUUUUUAACUAGGGUAGGCAGUUGUGGUAGCCCCGCAUUUUUCUGUGGACACGAUGCAUGUUGCUGCUGGAUUUAAUAUAAUCGGUACCCCUUGCCCUGUCUCCCUGUCCUCCCUGUCCUCCCUGUCGCCUACUCAUCUACACCCAUGAGCGGCUUCAGCAGAGUGUACACCCACCUCAUCCCAUUUCACUGUUCCCUGAUCCCCCAGCUCCUGGGUCCUUGGAAGUCUUAGUGGGGAGGGCACUUGUGGGAGUGGGUGGCCA